AUGCCAAGAGAAGAGGCUUACUUCACCUAUGGUUACCCCAAGACGGGGCACGGCCACUCCCACAUCACAGCUGAAGGGGCUGCAGGGAUUGGCAUCCUGAUAGUGAUCCUGGCAAUUUUACUGCUCAUCAGCUGCUGGUAUUGUAGAAGACGAAGUGGAUACAGAAGCUUGAAGGACAAAAGCAUUUAUGCUGGCACUCAAAGUACCUUAACAGGAAGAUGCCCGCGAGAGGGGCCUGGUCACCAGGACAGCAAACUGCCUUUUCAGGAGGACAAUUGUGAACCUGCGGUUCCCAAUGCUCCACCUGCCUAUGAGAAACUCUCUGCAGAACAGUCACCACCACCUUAUUCACCGUGAGGGUCAGCAAGGCUCCUGAGAGAUGCUGGAAUGAUUUCCUUCACACUUUUGCUUGAAAUUAAUAUGGACAUCUAAUGUUCUGCAUCGGAAUGCUACAGAAACAGUGUACAUCAUCUCUAACAAUAAGCUUAGCGUUAAAUUCUUUAGGACAACUAGCAAUACUAAUUAAGUGAGGAAAUGAGAAAUAUUAAAAUGAGAAAAACU